ACUGGACCCCCCUACUAUUCGCUGCGGAAAGUUUGCGUUACUGCGCAGGGGCCAUGUUGAUUCUAGUUGAAAUCGUACGCAGCUGAUGCUCACACAGAAAUUAUACGAAGUGGCGCACGUUUAGAAAGAAAAAAAGUAACAAAAAAUGUCUGUUGCGGUUGGAAGUAAACCUUCUCAGAGUGAAGAUCUGCGGAACUUGACUUUAUCUGGUCAUGUUGGCUUCGACAGUCUUCCAGAUCAACUGGUCAACAAAUCCACAACGCAGGGUUUCUGUUUCAACAUCCUUUGUGUGGGGGAGACCGGUAUUGGCAAAUCCACCUUGAUGGACACGCUGUUCAACACCAAGUUUGAAGGUGAUCCCGCUUCCCACAACGAGCCUGGGGUCCGGCUAAAAGCACAGAGUUACGAACUCCAGGAAAGCAACGUACGUCUAAAAUUGACAACCGUCGACACGGUGGGAUUUGGAGACCAGAUUAACAAAGAAGAUAGCUAUAAACCGAUAGUUGAAUACAUUGAUGCCCAGUUUGAAGCCUACCUGCAGGAGGAGCUGAAAAUCAAGAGAUCCUUAUUUAAUUACCAUGACUCCCGGAUUCACGCCUGUCUGUACUUCAUUGCCCCCACUGGACACUCGCUAAAGUCUCUCGACCUUGUUACAAUGAAGAAGCUAGACAGCAAGGUGAAUAUAAUCCCGAUCAUUGCCAAAGCGGAUACCAUUGCCAAGAAUGAGCUUCAUAAGUUUAAGAGUAAAAUCAUGAGUGAACUGGUCAGCAACGGAGUACAGAUCUACCAGUUCCCAACUGAUGAGGAGACUGUAGCAGAAAUCAAUGCAACUAUGAGUGUCCAUCUUCCAUUUGCUGUUGUGGGGAGCACUGAAGAGGUGAAGAUAGGAAAUAAAAUGGCCAAGGCAAGACAGUACCCCUGGGGUGUUGUGCAGGUGGAGAAUGAGAAUCACUGUGACUUUGUGAAGCUCAGGGAGAUGCUGAUCAGGGUGAACAUGGAGGACCUGCGGGAGCAGACGCACUCCCGGCACUACGAGCUCUACCGCCGCUGCAAGCUGGAGGAGAUGGGCUUCAAGGACACAGACCCCGACUGCAAGCCCUUCAGCCUUCAGGAGACGUAUGAAGCGAAGAGGAAUGAGUUCCUGGGGGAGCUGCAGAAGAAGGAGGAGGAGAUGAGGCAGAUGUUUGUGAUGAGGGUCAAGGAGAAGGAGACUGAACUCAAAGAAGCUGAAAAAGAGCUUCAUGAGAAGUUUGACAGACUAAAGAAGACGCACCAGGACGAGAAGAAGAAGCUGGAAGACAAGAAGAAGGAGAUUGAGGACGAGGUCGGUGCCUUCAGCAAGAAGAAAGCAGCAGUGCAGCUUCUCCAGGCCCAGCAGGCCGGCUCCCAAUCCACAAAGAAGGACAAAGACAAGAAAAAAUUCUUACCGUUUCUGAAACAUCCCAAGACGUGGAGGCCGCUGCUGACCCUCUGAGUUGUGGGAUGUUGUUUUUAUUCUGCUGCUGAUGUUCUCUCUGCUUUCUUUCCCUUCCAGGCUAGUAAUCCUUGGCUCUGCACGGAAUAACUAACUCCAUCAAUGUCUUUAUGGAUUUAUUCUUUCCUCUAUGCAUGUAAGUAUGGCCGUUGUAACCACUCUCACUCCCAUAUAAAAUGCAUGCAACCACAAAACGGGCCGUCGCCAUGAUUUCAGAUGAUUUUUAAAUGAUUAGGUUCUUAUUGCCAGACUCAUUUCAAAGACAUUAUACCAUUUAGACUUUUGUCAACCUUUGCAUGGUUUGCAUAAAAAAGCUAUUAAAUAUACUACUACUCACAAUUGGAAGGUGGGGUUAGUCGUUGGUGUUUUAUUUCUUGUGUGUUUUUAAAAUGCAGUGUGGAUGUUUCACACACUAGCAUGCUGCCUCUUGGCAAGUAGACAUUCAGCUUUCUAGUACUGUUCAAGUCCACGUUUGAGACUUAAAAUAAGAGGACAAGGUUCCUGCGCACCUGCUAUAGUACAAAGCAGGUUCAUUGAGAUUCACAGCGGGGCCAGUCCAGCUCCCUCCACAGCUCUGGAGGGGUAACGCCCACACUAGACUGCCAGUAGCCUGAGAUGACUAUCAGGUAGGGAAGGAAAAUGAAGGAAAGAUGAGCUUGCAGACAGUAAUGUAGAAGUCAGCAGCUGUGCUUGGCCCCCCACUUCAAGCCCCUGCUGCAGGGCUGUGCGUUGCUCUUCAGGACCGCCUCUAUACAUUUCCUCGCUCCUUUCUUUUCUCACUGUGGUGCUUUUACAUGUUGUCUUAGAAAAUCAACACCUGCUUCAAAAAAUAGCCAUUCAGGAGUUCAAGUUAGGAAAUACAAAGGCAAUGCAAACUUUGGUUAAAUCAUAAAUGAUCAAACUUUUACCACAAAGAAGUGUCUCCAGUUUUUUUGCAGAGCUGCAUGAUGGCUCACAUUCAUGAUUUGGAUGAUCAGUAAGCUGUAAUUUAAAUAUUUUUAAAUAACUUAUCUGUUUAAUAAAUGGCAUCAUGUAAACUGCCCUGUUCUUGCUGCUUGUAUUACUUUUGCUCCAUUUACCAUACAUGUGUUUAUGAAAUAAUUUCUCUAAUUAAAGUGCAUUUCAUCUGUUUUAAUGUGUUAAAUAAAUACCGCGUGUUUUGCGUGAAACAUUUAGUAUCUAAAUGUAAUGAACCAAUGUGCACCAUUACCUACAUAAUGUUUCUCUGUUUUAAAGUAAUGGGGCAUGUCUGAAAUGGUCUGAAUCACAGGAUUGAUGUGUUCAUGAACAUCAAUAGCUGCUUUUAUAUGGUAGAUUUUAAUUGAAACACAAGUAACCAUUUUGUAACAGGCUGGCUGAGUCAUGUUGAGAUAGUAAUAGAAUUAAAAAUGCUAUACUAAAAGGCAACAAUGGUUUGUCGCUUUGGAGCUUUCUUAUGUGUGUAAUGACAUAUAACGUUUUAGUUUUGACACGGUAUACUGUAAACUUCAACUAUGUAUUCUAAUGGUGCCAGCACUGACAAAUACAUUCUAUACAAGGUACCAUUCCAGCUGUGCUCGGCUGUCAUUUGCAUAAUUUUAGGAUCAGGUUUGUUGAUGUUUAGUGGUGUUUUUGUCUUGUUUUUGGCAAGAUUCGCCAUUCCUUUUGACCUAAUUUCUUUUUCCUUUCCAGUAACCUUUUUAUUGUGUUCUCGUUUGUUUCCUUUUAGCCGCUUCUUUCUCUAGUCUUCUCAUUGCCAGCUGCUUGCACGUUCUGCGCUGGAGAGCACGUGUACUCGCUCUUAGAAGACAUGCUCCUGCAUUCUCUAUUGCUUGUGUUUCUUUGCCUCUAUCACAAUGACAGCAUUUAUAUAGAAACGUUGGCAUCCUCUUUGGAAGUUUAAAAGCAGUUUUCAGAUUGUCUUAUGUUUUAGCUUUAUUAAAGUGCAAAUGUCUAUCGGACGAUCAUGAUUGCACCAUGUAUGUUUGAGUGGGGAUUGAGGGGUCAAAAGUUUUGGGGUUAUUUUCCAGGUAAAUGUAUCUGUUAUGAAAUAGCCAUAUAUUGUAUUACAACUUUUAAUCCUUGUAUUAAGUACUUUAAUUCAUUUUUAAAUGCUUUUAUUGUAAUAGUUUGACAAUAUUGUGUGGCACAGCUUUACUGUUUAGGGUUAGAUGAUCAAAUUAACAGCAGAUGUUUCAUAACUACUGGGUGGGGGUGGGAUAUCUUUUUAUAAAAAGAAAAAAAAAACAUACAUUGCACAACUACAAAGUGUGAAGUGAUUGAAUGUUUUACUAAUGAAUUGUGGUGCUUCCUUCCAUGAUAUGAACUGGAAUUCAGAGGCAGUGGAUAGUAGAACACGACCAGACCGAAAGCACAGCAGAGCUACUCGCAGCCCACAAAGUGCUUCUCUAAUGACAAUUCUCGUGUGUAUGAACACCUGCUCCUUUAUAUCAUUCGCCAUUCACAAAAAAAAAAAAAUCCACCAAUAAUCAUGUUAUGUUAAUACACCACAGUAACCCAUCAGCACCAUCACAUUAUCCUGAUGCGCAUCGUAGCGUGUCCUGGUCAUCUUGACUCGCACUGUUUCAUGUCAUGAAUUCUUUAAAUCAAUAUAACCCGAAGAACCAUGUUCCAUAAGUGAUCCACAUUGUGCACUUUCAACACAAACCUGUAUCUGCUCAAGUCUUUCUUACCUGGCAUUCACUACAUAGCUACUCAAUAUGCAGUUUUAGUACAUGGGAUAUUUUCAUACAUGAUAUCUGGUACUAGACUGUGUUAAAGAAAGCUGUUUGCAAGCCUUGCUUUAGGUUGUCUUGCACUUCCUUGGUCGCCUCACCUGGAGCGUGAAAUUGUCCCCACCCCUUCAACACCAUCUUUCCCAUUGUUAACCAAUGACCUGGUUCCCUUAUUGAAUGUCAUGCUUUGCAGCCAGUAACAUGCUUUAACGUUGUGUAGUGCCAGAUGCUCUUAAAAGAAAAUGCAUAUUUGAUAAAGCCUGUUUAUUUGAGACGUGCACACAACUGAUUAGGGAAGGGCCUGACAGUAAGAUUUAUGGAAUGAUUCUGUUAGCUACAAGCACUUUAAUGGGUGUUUUGUUCUGCAAGCUGCUCUCAUAAUACUUGGUCAGGUAUCCUGUCCAAACCAAAAGAACAAGAGGAAAAAAAAAUGCCAUGACAUUGGGGAGUAGACUUCCUCUGCUUCCUUUAUGAGAAGCCUUAAUCUGUUUCCCAUUACAUACCCAAAACAUUCAUGUACCAUAUUUUAAUAUAUAGUGACUGGUGACCAGCAAUUUGGAGACCUUAUUUUUUGGUCUAAUUUUCCUGAUACAUUUGGAUUAUUUCCUGGCAUAUUAAAGUCCAAUAUUGCACUUCUUUUAUAUUCAGUUCAUUUUAUGUUUGGAGUUCAGACUUCUGCCUUGUAAAAAAAAAAAAAGGGGGUGGUUCAAAGUGUUAUGGUUGUGGUCAACAUGGGGCUUUAGACUUCAUAUUCAUAGGGUUGAACCUCACUGGCACAGAUUUUAGUCCAGGAUGGAAAUGGAUCUAAUCAGGAUCUCAACUGGUUUUCCCAUACCAAGUUAAAAUAUCUGGUAACUGCAGUAUGUUUGAGAGGAUCUGGAUAACAACCAAAAGAAUCAUCAGAUGUGACUGAGGAGAGCAGAUCUCAUGCCGGACUUGUAAAGAUCAAGUAUGAGCUUCAGAGUUGCUUUGAAAACUGGGUCUGGAUCGUUCAACAUGCGCUGAAGAAGCUCAAAGGAAGCAACUGAAGCUGUGCCUCCAACAUGUAAUGAUCUGUCACAGUCUGAACAAAGCUUGAACUGUUUUGUACAAUACCUCCUGAUACUGGCCCCAUGAUGGACAGGAUUUUUUUUUUUUUUUCUUAUCAAUUUUGCUAUACAACAUGAUACCAGCUGUUACAUAACCUCCAUCAACUUAGCCUAAAUGUAUGAUGGCCCAGUCAAGUAGCUUGCAAAUAACAAUAUGAUGCCAACAGUAUAUUUCUAGUGGCUUUGGGGGGGGGGGGGGGGUCCUUUUGGUGCGAGAGAAUUAAACUCUUGUCAUGGGCAUUCAAAUUAAAAUAAAUGUGUGAAAUAAAAGGUCUUAACUACUAGAUCCAAACUUUUGAUUCUGGAGCCAGUUUGUGUUGGUGGCUCCAUUCUGUUCAGGGAAGCCUAUUUUUCUGUAAGAGGGAGGAAGGGCGGGGUCAGUGCCAUGUUGGUUUGAGAGAAGGCCAACACAACUUGUGCAUUGCACACUUCCACGUUGUGAAUGGAUUCGCCUGAGGCUUUGUGAAAUGUUCACACAUUAUUAUAUAACAUUCAUGAGCUCUGGAGCUCAAUUUCCUGUGCACUUUUGCAUUAGCUAUAGGGGCACAGAGCAUUUUACAGACGGGUGGCUGGUAAAUUCUUCAUAUUAAUUAAAGGACCCCACAGAUCUGAUCUUGGACUUCCUGUAAGCUGGUCAAAGAUUAGUGCCAUUUGGUGUCCUUGAAAACAACUGAUGAGUUUGGUUUUCCCGAUUCACCUGUCACACGUCUUUUGAAAAAUGUUUUAUGUCAGUUUGUUGCUUUUCCACACAAAAAGACACUGGCAAAAUCAAAGGGUUUCGGUCAAUUAGUUGUUGCGAUUGGCUGAGAGGAAUUUAGUCAUUUUUAAUAUCUAUUUUCCCUUUUAUGAAAGACUCCAUUUUUUUAAAGAAUCGUUUGGUAUACUUGACGUUUAUAAAAAUGUUUUCAAUGUAAUCACUGUUUUUUUUUUUUUUUUAUUACUGACACGUUACAGCGUUUUGCUUUGCUACAGCUUCACACCUGAAGCACACAGAAGUAUAAUGGUCCUGCUCUUAGCAGGUCUUGUUUGCAGAUGCAGUUAUUGUAAUACACUGAAAUGUAUAGCUCCCUAUCCCUGACCCUAACCCCAACUUCAAUCUCAAUUUAAAUUCUAGAUUCUAGACCUCAACGUCAAUCCUAACCCUAAUUUUAACUCCAAAUAUACUUCAAUAUUUAACAGCUCUUUACCCUAACCUUAGUCCUACCCAACCCUAACCUUAACGACAAUCUGAAUUCGAGAUUCCAUUUAUUAUUUUAACCUCAACCCCUACCCCUACUUUAAUUUUAACCUUAAUUUCAAUUUGAAUUCUAGAUUUUAGACGCCAAUCUCAAGUUUUACUGUUAAAUAUAUCUCAAUUGCAACCCUGAA